CGGAUGGUAUUGUGAAUAUACAAGGUGUACUGCUCUCUUUCAAGCUACAGAUUAUGUGACGUGUAUUCACUGUAUGCGUUUACCCCCUACACUGAACAGUUUGCUUUGUAACGGAUGGUAUUGUGAAUAUACAAGGCGUACUGCUCCCUUUCACAAUGGAGGUUUCCUGGGUAUAUAAUCUCACUUUCCCCAAUCCUUCAAAUUAUUCAACCCGCACAACCACACAACCACACCAACCAUACCAACCAUACCAACCAUACCAACAGAACAUCAAGCACAUUGGCCCAGAACACAUACGAUCACACAAUGAGCGGCAUCCAUGAUCUCCCUCUUGAUCUAGCGUCAAAUGUCGUCGCAAGCUGUGUGCAAUACGAGUUUACUCCCUUUGAGCGAAUCCCAAAGCUCUCGGAGCAGUCAAAGAAGAGCAUCUUCGCGUUUCGCGCACUUUCCAGGCCCUUCUGCUCCGAAUCCAGGGAAUCCUUCGCCAAGAUCAUCGAAGAGAAGGAGUUCUUCUUCACGCGCGACAGCCUUGAAGAGCUGGCCAACGUUUCCAAAGAUCCAGAGCUUCAACCGUGGAUCCGCGUCCUCUCCUUGAAUGGCGCGCGCUUCAAGCAAUGGAGCGACGAGACCAAGCUGGCAAAGCGUCAGAAUUGGAUGUGCAGCGACGCACGCUUUGAACACAUUCGCGAGACAACUAGCCCCUUGCGGAAAGAGCUGAUCAAGUGUCAAGAAGACCAGCAGCUCUUCUGGGACUCUGGCGACUUGGAGAAGACGCUAACAGAGAUCUUUACGCGGCUGCCGAAGCUGCGGGAGAUCCGCCUCAGCCCGUCGGCCGUGCACCGCCAUAUCCCUGGGUGGAACGGCAAGGAACACGCGCAGGCGCUGAAGCUGUUUGAGAGAUACUGGGGAAGGCACUGGGUGGAGGAGGAGCAACUCUACGAGACGGCGCAGACGCUUGACAACGCGCCGUUACUGAACAUCUUCUUCACGGCCGUGGUGCGAGCGGGCGUGCAGCUAGAAACACUCGUUAUCCCGUUUAAGGAGCCACAAAGUGUGGAAGAUACGCCGGAUCUCACAUACGUGCGCAACGGAAUCACAGACCACGAGCUUGCCAACGUCAGCGACGACUUGGCGCGAGAUGCGCUUCAGCACGUUAAGAAACUGCAGUUGACCGUCCUCCGCGAAAAUCCUCAACCGUUGCAACCAGGCAUUCCCUCGCAGCUCGACCGUGUCGUCGCGGCGGCUACCCGCCUCGAAGUCCUCGAAAUCUUCUUUGCCGGCUACAACCGAUUCUUCGGCGAGAUAUUUGACGAGCUGGUUAGCCUCGCCUCUAUCGACCUCCCGCACCUACAAGAUCUCCGUCUCGCUUCCAGUGGCGACAAGUCGUUCGCGCCGGAGGCUCUGAUCAGUCUGUUGAGGCAGCACAAGGGCAUUCGGAAGCUGGGGCUGGCGGGCUCGUUGGGUACAUGGAUUGAACUCUUUCAGUUCUUGGAGACGGAGCUUCAACUGGAGGAGCUGCGGCUUAUCGCGGGGCCGACUUGGCCGAUGUCUUUGGGUGAGUCGCAAGAGUUCCACGCUGCGGCGGAAAGGGUAAGGCUUGUAUCUGACCCGCAGCCAGGGGACGCGGACUAUAGGAAUGGCACCGCGCGGCACUAUACGUUUGCUGUCUUUGAGGGGCUGGACCAGUAGCUCUACGUUGCUUGCUUGGGCAGUUAGUGCUGCUUCCUGACGCUUCCUCGUUGCGGAAAUGGGAUUGCCGCUUUCUUUAUCUCUCUCUCUUGCGCCCUGUUGAUCUCUUUCGAGAGGGCAUGCUAGGCAUGACCUAACGACAGGAAGGAAUGAAGUAGGAGUAGACAACAACAACGUGGCGAAGCUUACCCUCGACCACUUCUUCAAAACAAAAACUUGGUUCAUAACUACUCCUUGUGUUCGAGUCACUGUCCCUACUAUCUGUCGCUCUUCUGAACGACAAAGCAUGCAUGACAGAGCAACUAGCACGCUAUCCCCCUCUUAGCAUAAUCUUCAAAUUGAAACACUACCC